CGUGGAGGUGGAGGAUGGGGAUGAGGAGGGGAGGGUUGCAGUAGACGGUCCAGUCGUCUCUGCCAUUUUGAAAGAGUUCGGUGAGACUCGGAGCAAGUCAUGACUUGAUGUUACACCGAUAUCGCACUUGAAAAUCUAUAUGACCUCUAUGGUGGGUUUGAUAGAGACAGUCCAGGAGAGAGUUCUGUAAAGGCACAAAACACGUUGUCCAAUACGAUGUGCUCCACAAACCGUCCAACUAACUGGGUAACAUUUGACGAUGAAGGCAGCCCCCUCUCCUCCCCUCCGAAACACCUGCAGCUUCCACCGUCGAGCUCAGGCUCAGUACCUCGCCCAAAUGGUUUGAAGCUGGUGCUGCCUCCCUUGGGGAAUCUAUCAGGGAGAUUAUCAAGCUCACUGGAGUGUGCCCAAAUGCACCUUAGCCUCAACGGGAGCUCCCGCGUGCCUAGUAACACCCCAAUGUGUACCCCAGUGAGGGAGACUCCACCUGGUCCGUUUCCCCUUUUCCACAGCUCUCGGGGGCAGCCUGACUUCUUCAGUAAUUUCUCCAGCAUGUCAACAAGUUUCUCUUCCCCAGAGAGAAGCGCUUCACACCUAUCUUCUGAGGCCUCCACACCAUUCCCAGCAUUCCAAGAUGAUCCCGGUCACUUCAACCCAUUUUGGAGUGAAAAUGAGCACAAGAGAGAGUCUGGAAGCUCCUCCUCAGACUCUGAGCCUGGCUCGAGCUUGCCUCGCUUCUUCAUAAGAAGCAAGGAUGGUUACGAGCCUCCCCAGGACCACCUUCAGAACUCCUACUCCUACAUCUGCCACAAGCUGGAGAGGCUAAAGGCAAAGGAGGACCAAGAGGAAUGGAAUGGGGAAAGGGAGGAAAGAGGUCCAAACGUAACCUUGAAAGAUAUGGAGACAGGAAGAGGUCCUUCUUCCUUCGUUCCGCAUGGUCUGUUCCUCAGCCAGAAAAGGCAUGGCUGGCCGUUGAUGCUGAGGAUCCCAGAGAGAAAGAACCGCAUGUCAUCCCGUCACUGGGGACCCAUCUACUUGCAGUUGCUCCCUGGAGCCGUGCUCCAGAUGUACUACGUGAAGGGUUUGGAGAAGCCUUUCAAAGAGUUCCAGCUCCAUUCUAGCUGCUCUGUCUCUGGCCCCAAGCUGGAGAACUACAGUGAGCCGCGCAAGAUUGCGACGUUGAAGGUCGAACACAUGUCAUAUGUAGAGCGAAAGCGCUACCAUCCCAAACCCGAAGUAACUCACGAAGCCGAGGUGGAACAGCUGCUGAAGUUUGGCACAACAGAUUAUGGGGACAUGGAGGAUUUGCUAGUGUCCCUCGAGGAGGAGCUGAUGAGACUACCGGUUCCCCACAAGCACCAGAAGCAUUAUGAGGAGCAGGAGCUGUCCUUGCAGAUCGCAGACCACAUCUGGAUGCGACUGGACGAAGACGGAGCCGUGCUGGAACGUGCAGCUAUCACACGGAUCCACUGUCUGGCCUUCCUAAAUGGUUCAGGGGAAUGUUUCCUGGCACUGAAUGACCUUGCACUGCUGAGAAAAGAUUCCUCAUACAUCUCCGACGAUAGCGAUGACGAUGUGUGGAUGGAGAUCACCGACUAUCACUUCCAUAAGUGUGUGCGCGAAGCUGAGUUUGAAGACACCAGGCUGGUGAAGUUCUCGCCCCCUGAUGCCUGUAGGGUAGAGCUCAUGCGCUACAAGACGGUGUCUGUCUGUGGAGACAUGCCGUUCUCGCUGAAAGCCAUGGUGACCGUGCAGGGGGCCUAUGUUGAGCUUCAAGCAUUCCUCAAUAUGCAUUCAUCCUUCCCCUACCAUGCUACUGCUUCAGAGACACAGGCACUCAGUGAAAAUGUGCUUAUCCAGGUGCCGUUGCCGGGUGAUUGGGUCAGAGUGCCUCGUACUAUGUCGCUGUUGUGGCAGAAGUCUCUCAAGGCCCGCAUGAACAGAAGUGCCUGCAUGGGCUCAGUGAACGUAACAGACUCUUAUCCAGUAAUGCAGGUGACCGUGGGUACGGUCAAAUAUGAGAAUGUUUAUGGAGCCAUUGUUUGGAAGAUCGACAGGCUUCCUGCUAAGAACAUGGCAGUGGAUCAUCCACACUCCUUUUUCUGUAAACUCGAGCUUGCGUCAGACCAGGAGAUCCCCAGUGACUGGUUCCCUUUUAUCACCCUGGAAUGUGAAGUAGCAGAUACCAUUGCUUCUCAGACAAAGGUGAAGUCUUUGGGCACAGAAAGUGACUUUCAGCCUCAAAAACAUGUCAGCACCCGGACGUACUAUCGUUGCCAGGUGAAAAUCGAAAAGAAGUUAAUUGAAGCAGAAUUACAGAAGCCAUUAAGUUGUGCAUCACAGUGAACCAACAUGUGGAUCUGUAUACAAGAGAAAUACGGGGACAACAACUACCACCAGCCCCGUCACCACCGCCCAUUAUUCCUUUAGCGAACUUCAUAAAUACCCGACAACACAGGACAAAAACGGAAGCAUUAAAUACUCUUACUUUAGCCUUUUUGUUUGUGUCACAUUAACAUUUUUACAUAUGGCUCUUCCAUAUAAACGCAUGAAAUCUUGCAUGAAAUGUCCGAUAACCGCAUUUUAAUGCCUGUAAAAUCUUAUCCAUUAGCCUACAGUAUUGUUGCACUUUAUCUCAAUUUACAGAUGGAUAAGUCACCAUGCCUGUAAGAAAAUGUUAAAACAUUUAGGCAGACAUUAUCAUGAUAUUAAGAACACUUGUUUGAAGUACAGAGCAAUCAUUAGAUAUGCUAGCUAGAGCUUCCAGUAACGACUAAUGUUAUUUAAUAAUGUGGUUUGUUAAAUUGCAUUUUGUCCAUGCAUUGUGAGCAAUAAACAACAGCUAAUUCCUGUGAAA